GGUGCGGGGGGGGGGCAGCAUCUCCCGGCGUGCACCGGGGCGCGGCGGGGGGGGCGAUGGGCUCCCCCCGGCUGGGGAAUGAAUGAAACCGGGCCGGAGUCCGGGGCGGGCGCGGGAUGGGCUCAGCCGGGCAGGAGCCGCUCCAGGGCCUGGGGGAGGAGUUCUACCGCGAGGCCAUCGAGCAUUGUCGCAGCUACAAUGCGCGGCUCUGCGCCGAGCGCAGCUUGCGCCUGCCCUUCCUCGACUCGCAGACCGGCGUGGCCCAGAACAACUGCUACAUCUGGAUGGAGAAGACCCACCGGGGGCCAGGCCUGGCCCCGGGGCAGAUCUACACGUACCCGGCCCGUUGCUGGCGCAAGAAACGACGGCUGAACAUCCUGGAGGACCCACGUCUGAGGCCUUGUGAGUUCAAGAUCGACUGCGAGGCCCCCCUGAAGAAGGAGGGGGGGCUCCCGGAGGGGCCGGUGCUGGAGGCCCUGCUCUGCGCUGAGACGGGGGACAAGAAAACGGAGCUGAAGGAGGAAGAACUGGUGCUGGACUGUCAGAAGCAGCAGGUGGGUGAGUUCCCCCACGACCUGGAGGGCGACGACCUGGAGGACGACAUCCCCCGGCGCAAGAACAAGGCCAAGGGCAAGGCCUACGGGAUCGGGGGCAUGCGGAAGAGGCAGGACGCCCCCUCACUGGAGGACCGUGACAAGCCUUACGUCUGUGACAUCUGCGGGAAACGCUACAAGAACCGGCCGGGGCUCAGCUAUCAUUACACCCACACCCACCUGGCGGAGGAGGAGGGCGGCGAGGAGAACGCGGAGCGACACCCCCUGCCCCUGCCCCGCAAGAACAACCACAAGCAGUUUUACAAAGAAUUGAAUUGGGUCCCCGAGAACCAGCGCAGACACACAGCUAAGAAAGCUCCGGACGGCUCGGUCAUUCCCAACGGGUACUGUGAUUUCUGUCUCGGCGGCGCCAAGAAAACCGGCUGCCCCGAGGAUCUCAUCUCCUGCGCGGACUGCGGGCGCUCCGGUCACCCCUCGUGUCUGCAGUUCACGGCGAACAUGACGGCGGCCGUGCGCACCUACCGUUGGCAGUGCAUCGAGUGCAAAUCCUGCAGCCUCUGUGGUACCUCGGAGAACGACGACCAGCUGCUGUUCUGUGACGACUGCGACCGGGGCUAUCACAUGUACUGCUUGAACCCCCCCAUGGCAGAGCCCCCCGAAGGGAGCUGGAGCUGUGACCUGUGUCUGCGGCUGCUGAAGGACAAGGCCUCGGCUUACAUCACGCUCACCUAGAGCCGCUGCCCCCCCCCCCGAGAGGGCUCCCUGGGGGGGCACUGCGACCAGAGCGAGUGGGAGGACCCCCCAGCCAUGUGCCCCCAGACUCCAGCACCCUCAAACCCUGCACCUGGGGGGGCUCCUAUGCCCCCCCCAGCCAAAAUCCUCCUCAAAGCCAUAACUCCAGGUGGGGGGGGGGCGUGCUGGGCCUGGGUGCUCCGGGGGGGGGCUGCUCCCCAGAGACCCCCCCCCGACUGGCUGGGGGAUGCAGGGGAAGGGGCUUUUGCAUGAUGUGGAAAUAGAAUUGUUUGUUUUUCCUUUUCCCAGGGCUGGGUGGGGACCAUCAGUGUGUGGGGGGAGCACUGCCCCCCUUAGUGCUGGGGUGGGGGGGACUAGUGCGUUCACUGCUGCUCCCCUGUUCCCUGGCACAGGCCCCAGUGCGGCAUCUCAUGGGCCCCCCCAGCCAGCUGGGGUGUAUUUAUUUUAGUGCAAGAGGAACCGCGGGGGGGGCAGUGCCCCUCACUAAAGCUGUUUGAUGUGGGUGUUUAUUUUCUGUUGUUCCUGGUUCAAGAAAAAGGGGGGGGUAAAAAAGCUGCCAGGGGCAGGUGGGGGCUCGAGCAGUGGCCAGCCCGGGGGCAAUUCCCGCUGCCCGCACGGCCCCCCCGCCCCUCAUUCAUGGUGUCGUGCUGGUACUCUGCCGUCUGCAAUGUGCUUGGAUUGUUCUGUGCAUUAAACCAUGGUCCAUG